AUGCAGUACCAGGAUACUGGUUUAGCACUAGCUCUCCAUUGCACCAUCCUACAGGUGUUGCUAGUAACAAUCCUUGUAGUGGAAGGGAUUGCCGUUGCACAGAAGACACAAGGUGGGCAAAAUAUUGGAGUGAAUCGCAUUCCUCCUACCCAGUGUGACAAUUGGGUACGGACAAGUAAUGGAGGACAUUUUGCUUCACCAAACUACCCUAACAUGUACCCACCAAAUCAAGAGUGCAUCUAUAUCUUAGAAGCUGCUCCACGACAAAGAAUUGAGUUGACCUUUGAUGAACCUUAUUACAUAGAACCCUCAUUUGAAUGUCGGUUUGAUCAUCUGGAGGUUCGAGAUGGACCUUUUGGUUUCUCCCCUCUCAUUAAUCGUUACUGUGGUCUGAAAAGUCCUGCACUAAUUAGAUCAACAGGGAGAUUUAUGUGGAUCAAGUUUACUUCUGAUGAAGAGCUGGAAGGAAAGGGAUUUCAAGCAAAGUACUCAUUUAUACCAGAUCCUGACUUCACUUACCUAGGAGACUGCCAAUUUGAGCUCUCGGGAGCCGAUGGAAUAGUACGUUCCAGUCAAGUAGAACAAGAAGGAAAAACAAAACCAGGACAAGCAGUUGACUGCAUAUGGACAAUUAAAGCUACUCCAAAUGCUAAGAUUUAUUUGCGAUUUCUCGACUAUCAAAUGGAGCAUUCAAAUGAAUGCAAAAGAAACUUUGUUGCUGUAUAUGAUGGAAGUAGUUCUAUUGAAAACCUGAAGGCAAAGUUUUGCAGCACCGUAGCAAACGAUGUCAUGCUGCAGACUGGGACAGGUGUGGUACGAAUGUGGGCAGAUGAAGGCAGUAGACUAAGCAGAUUCAGAAUGCUGUUCACUUCAUUUGUGGAUCCUCCCUGCUCAGGCAACACUUACUUCUGCCAUAGCAACAUGUGCAUCAAUAAUUCUUUAGUCUGCAAUGGCAUUCAAAACUGUGCAUACCCUUGGGAUGAAAAUCACUGCAGAGAAAAGAAAAAAACUGGAUUGUUUGAACAAAUCACCAAAACUCAUGGAACAAUCAUUGGCAUUACGUCAGGGAUAGUUUUAGUUCUUCUCAUCAUUUCAAUUCUAGUACAAGUAAAGCAACCUCGCAAAAAGGUUAUGGCUUGCAAGACUGCUUUCAAUAAAACUGGUUUCCAGGAAGUAUUUGAUCCUCCACAUUAUGAACUAUUUUCACUAAGGGACAAAGAAAUUUCUGCAGAUUUGGCAGAUUUAUCAGAAGAACUUGAAAACUAUCAGAAAAUGAGACGCCCUUCAACAGCUUCCAGAUGCAUCCAUGACCACCACUGUGGCUCCCAAGCCUCUAAUAUAAAACAAAGCAGGACAAACCUCAGCUCCAUGGAACUUCCCUUUCACAAUGAUUUUGCACAGCCUCAACCAAUGAAAACAUUUAAUAGCACAUUCAAGAAAAGUAGUUACACUUUCAAACAAGCGCAUGACUGCCCUGAGCAAGUCAUAGAAGACCGGGUGAUGGAGGAGAUUCCAUGUGAAAUCUAUGUUAGAGGAAGAGAAGAUACGGCACAAGGUUCAUUAUCUAUUGACUUUUAAUUUCCUCGUGAAGGUGGUAUCAGUGUAUAUACAAGAUGC